GAGGUAUAUCGAGGUGCUCUCUGAGUUGGAGAUAAUGGGUGUUCCUGAAGAGAAACUGGAGACGCUGUCACGUGAUGAGGCUUAUGAGAUGCUACGGACAUUGAGGGGAAGUGAUGAUGAGAUUCUAAGCCCUACGACAGCAACAGAAGAAAUGGAUGUGAACAGUGCCGAAAAACUGCUAGACGUCGCCAGACUAGCCUCCAGUCUUCGUGUCGCCGACCCUGAGGGAACACUCAAAGACACGCAAACAGCCAAAGAGAGAAUCCUAUUGCACAUGAACGGCAAAACGUGCCAUCAAAAUGUCUCCGAGCUAUUGCAAGAUGUUCGAGAGAAUGCUCGGCAAUACAGGGAGGCUUGCGAGUCUCUUCGAAAACUGGCGGACGAAGUAAACGAAUUUGUGAAGGGCAAUGCCAUGCAGAUGCACUCUAUUGCCAGUUAUCUUCUUCGUGAAUUUCCACAUUUCGAAGCAAUAUUGGCAAAUACGACGAGAGUCCUCUCCUCUGGCUGCUGUUCUCUAAUUGUAGCAGGUGAAGUAUCAGCCGGCAAAAGCUCUUUCUUGAACAUUCUGUGUGAUGGCGCUGGUUUCUCCCUUCCGGUCAGCGAACAAGAAACAACGUCUUGCGUUUGCGAGGUGAAAUACGGCGCCGAAGAGAAAGCCAUUGUCUACAAAAACGAUUCCUCUUCCAGUGAAACCCAGGACAACCAAUUCGAAAUUGCAUUAGACAGUCUGGCUGAAUACAUUAAUUUUGACAACCUCGAUCCUGACGAUAGACUGCCAUACCACAAGGUUGAGAUUUUUACUCCUUCACAGCUGUUAAAGUGCGGACUCGUUCUUGUUGACACUCCAGGAGUGGCAUCAGAUAGAACAAGUAUGACCGAGUUUGUUGAAAACUAUCUACGUGACUCUGCCGGACUCGUCUACAUCAUAAAAGAUGCAGUGAACAUUCACAAGUUGAACAGGCUCUUCAAGCUUGAAGCUUCUGUCACCAACUCUUACAAUCAGCAAGAUAUUGAGGAUCUAUCGGGCACUCAAAGUCGCCGAUCUCUCUUUAUUCUCAACAAAUGGGAUAUUAUCAAUGACAAGCAGGGUAUGAUCGAUGCUGUACAGAAGAAACUAGAUAGCCAUUGGCUUACAGAAGCGAACACCCAGCAGUCGGAAGUGUUGCCGCUCGCUGCGACUGUCGAUUUGCAGCAUCUGCGAGCAGGGUAUCUAAGCGAUCGCUUGUGCAAAGUCAUCGAAGCUUUGAAAGAUGUCGUACCACACAACAUGAAACUGAGCCUUCAAACUCGAUACAAGUGGUUGCAGUAUGUUGUGCUCCGAAUAGAACAUCACGCGAAACGAUAUCUCAAUCACGCGUCUGCAAUGGAAAAAGGAAUCGAGAGCGACACGCAGAGAAGCGCCACCGAACAACUGGACAGGAUUUUGAAAACGGGAGAGAAAUGUUUUCACCAGCUUUGGGCAUUCAUAGACAGCAUCGACUUGUCCGAGACUGUGGUCAAACUGCAUCAGUAUAUUCAGUCGAAGUCGGUAAGGGCAGGAAUUUGUAGCUGGGAAGAAGCAGAUUGCCCUGGAGAUGCCGACAUGCAGAUGAACGACCUCGAAGAAGUGGCAAAGCAAAAAGUCGAAGACAGAAUUCGCAAUGCCAUCGAAAAAUGGGAAGACGAGAAACACAUUUUAGCAGAAUGCAAGCAACCGGUAGCAUUAAAAAUCAAAGAAUGUCUCAAAGAGUUAGAGGUAGAUGCUGCAUCUCUAACGGACGCCCUGCUGUCUCUCCGUCCCGCACAGGUACCGGUUUUGCCCUUUUCGUUUCGCUUUAUUCUCAGCAAGGACGGUUCGGUGGUUGGCAAGAAGCUGACCAAGCUACUCGUGUCGCGCUUCAAGAAAUAUCGCAAAGACUAUUACUUUGAAAACAAAGUUGUCUGCAUGCAAGAAAUGUCCAACGACUCUCUAGCUUCGCUAGCGAAUGAAGAACGCCUCACUACACUCGUAGAAGAAAUGGUUAGCUUCAAGGAAAUGCACCGAAGCUUUGUGCAGCAAGUGCACGAGCUAAUCGGACAAUUUCAAGAAGAAAUCGAUAAUCUCAAAAAGGGGGACCCCGCCAGGGUUCUUCGCGCAAAAUACCAACCACUCAACAAGCAAUGCAAAGAAAUCAGAAGCCGUCUUCUUGCGUGGGAGCUCAGACAUAUCUUUGAUGGAAAUCAAAUUCAGAGCGUCGAAAUCGAUAUAAACGACGAGGUACCGAUUUCGGGAAGCUCCCAUGCCGUCAUUCUGCAAGGGAUGAGAAACGGAGAGCAAGAAGUGCUUGUGAAGAAGUAUCGCGGAACAAUCGAGUCGGACCUUCUGUUUAUCAACAAGGAGUACCGUGCGCUGCGUGAAAUGCGCUGCCCUGACAUUGCAAGAGCGCUGGGCAUGAUGGCAGUCGACUACUGCGGUUCUAGGCGGUUGUGCCUCAUCAUGGAGCCCGGUGUGAGCAGCCUUGCUCUGUGGCUAGAAAAUCAUAAGAACGUGGCGGCGUACAGCGAAGACGUCGUAGUUCCUUACACAUUGAAGUUUGCUCACCAGAUUGCCAAAGCGUUGGCCUUUCUUCACGAGCAGAAAGUCGUCAACAGAAACAUCUCAUCAGGAGCCAUCAUUAUAACGAAAGACAAUGCAGACAAGACGGGUUUGAGGUGCAAGUUGUACGACAUCGGAGUACCACAACAGUCGGCCAUGUCUCUCUCCCUCAACGAAAAGCUCUCGCGCUAUUCCGCACCAGAAGUGGUCGUCAGCUCGACUUUCCAACCGUCGAUGGACGUAUUCAGCUUUGGCCAAGUUCUCUCCGACCUUUGGUACGGAUUCAUCCCGAAAAAAGACCACACCGUUGCAUCAAACGAUGAUCUCGACAGCGAGAACGCUUCCGUUAUUAGUCACGACACCGCGCCAUGCUCGGUCGGAGGAUUGCGCAUACCGACCGUGAGGCAAUACUCUCCGGACGUCUGUUCGAGGGAGCAGACGCAGCCACCGCAGCACUACAUCCAGCUAAUCGUCGCUUGUACCGACCCGUUUCCAAAGAGCCGCCCGACAGCCGAAACGGCCAAGAACCGAGUGUAUGACAUUGCAAACUCGAUGGAUGACGGCAGCGUCGAGUUAUAGAAUUAGGGAGAGAGAUAGUUUGUCGAUUUUUGUGCUUGAAACUUUAGAGUGAGUGGACAUUGAUGAUUGGUAAACAUUAUCUAGAAUUCUAUUGAGUUACUAUUGAUCUGACAUGUUCAGUAAAACAAGUGGUGACCGUA